GCUUCAUGUUGUGGGAUGUUUUAACUUUAAGCCGGCGAAAGUCGCUCCGCUGGUGCAGUGAAGCUAGCUAGUCAAGACGUUGAAGUGCAAUAUGGUGUCGACAUCGGCAUCUUCCUCUUCUGGAGCAAAAAAAGGGACAAUGAGCGUCCGGUGUAACACAAGCAGCAGUGGCCGAAAACACAGCACUGACUGUGGGGAGCCGUCUGUUGCAGCGCGUCCACCCGGGAGAGGAGCAGGAACGGAAGACAUGAUUGAUUCAGGGGGACCUUCGAUGGAGUGCAACUCAGACCUCAGGCUAGUCAGCUCAAGCUAAGAGUAAGAACCCAGUCAUGUGCAUGGUCUCCUUCAUGGACACCCGCUUGAACAUCCUGCCUGGAACAAACGAUCUCCAGACUCCUCCCAGCUGAGCGGCCAGGAGAUCUGCCAGAUGAAGGAGAAGAUCGGGAAGCUUUGUGCAACAAGAAAAUGGGCCCGCAGAACAUCACGGUAAGGAGUGUGUGGACAACCUGAACCAGGAAGACGACAUGGACAAGCUUGUGUCAUCCUUGUGGGAGCUGGAUAGUGUGGCAGUGCGCAACCCGGAGACACACAGCUACAAGGUCGCCUACAAAGAUUCAUUGUCUCAUUGCACAGAGUAAGGAGUGUGUGGACGACCUGAACCAGGAAGAUGACAUGGGCAAGCUGGUGUCAUCCUUGUGGGAACUGGAUAGUGUGGCAGUGCACAACCCGGAGACACAGAGCUAGAGGGUGGUCUACAAAGAUUCAUUUUCUCAUUGCAGAAAGGAUCUAGGAAGGCGAUGAAGAUGAUUCAAAGAGGAGCUCCGACGCUUGGGAGAUCUGGACCACAUAUAGGAUAAAGAUAAGGAGUGUGUGGACAACCUGAACCAGGAAGACGACAUGGACGAGCUGGUGUCAUCCUUGUGGGAGCUCAGAGGUGUUACCGUGAGCUGGAUAGUGUGGCAGUGCACAACCUGGAGAAACAGAGCUUCAAGGUCGUCUUCAAAGACUCAUUGUAUCAAUGCACAGACACGUGUGUCUGAACACGCCUGAUCACUUGAGCACCGCAUGCGCUCCAAGAUGGGGACACCUGGAGGGGUGUUCCUGUUCCUCCUCGUGCUGAUCACCGCUGGAAACAUUCCAGAAUUGGAUCCUCCGCGCCUCAGUCAGAUUAUUUGUGGCCCUGACAAAAUUGAAGUGGGCGUGGCUAGAGCGAACAUGACGGCCGCUGGUUAUGAACCACUGACUGCCCACCUGGCAUUCCACAACUGUUCCUGGACCAGGGAGCAAGAUGGUGUCGUGUGGUUCAAAGCUGACAUCUGGGCCGGUGCCUGUGGAAACACACUGACGACCAACAGCACACAUGUCAUCUACUCCAACACUUUAUCCAUCCAGCCAGCAAAGAGUGAUUCCUCUCCCCCCCUGCGUCUUCCUUUUUCAUGCGAGUAUCCCCUGAAGACAGACGCCAGACUGAAAGUGAACAUCCAGUUGCCCAAUGAAGAGGUUGGUCAGCACCACAAUCUCCCCCUGGUCAUCGGUGAUCCAUCACACCAAUCUGGAGCUGUGAAGGUGGACCCACCACGCUGGCAAGUGGAGGAAGGUGCCUUUGUUGGCACAGGUGCCACCCAGGCCUCCAUGACCCUGCUCCAGGAAUCGAAAUAUACAGAGACUUAUGCAGCAGGUGCGGAGGGCUUUCAGUUACAUGUGGGGGUCUCUGUGGACAAGAGUGAUCCCAGCUUGGUGGUUGUUUUGGAGGACUGCUUCGCUUCUCCCUCAUCAGAUUCUGAUCGUACUGGACAAUACUCCCUUAUCCAAAACAAGUGUCCCACUAAGCGCCAGCAAGUGUCUGUGAUUGAGAGCGGCUCAUCCCACCAGGCUCGUUUCUCCGCCCUGCUCUUCCUUCUUCAGGGAGAACCCCGAGAUUUUGACCUCCACUGCAGGCUCAGCCUGUGUGACCAGAGGAGUUCCUCCUGCAGUCCGGGUUGUGAAGAUUUGGAUCCCACAUUCCCCAGUCGGCUCAUUUGUGGCUCUGACAAAAUGGAAGUGGGCAUGGAUUCGGCUCACGUAAGACGCGCUGGUUUUAACCCACUGACUGCCCACCUGGCAUUCCGCAACUGUUACCGGGCCAGGGUGCAAGAUGGUGUCGUGUGGUACGAAGCUGACGCUCAGGCGGGUGCCUGUGGAAACACAUUGACGACCAACAGCACACAUGUCAUCUACUCCAACACUUUAUUCAUCUAUCCGGAAAGCGCUGCGUUCUCCUAUCUCCCCCUGAGACUUCCUGUGUCAUGCGUGUAUCCCUUGAAGACAGACACCAGACUGACCAUCACAUCCAUCCUGGCGCCCAAUGAAGAGGUUGGUCAGCACCACAAUCUCCCCCCUGAUGAUCCAGCACGCCAAAGCGGAGCUGCAAAGGUGGACCCACCACGCUGGAUGGAAGGUGUCUUUGUUGGCUUGGGUUCCGACGUGAGAGCCUCCAUGGUCCUGUUCCAUAGAUGGGACUAUACAGAGCCUUAUGCAGCAGGUCCGGUGGUCCUUCCACUGGGCUCACAGUUACAUGUGGGGGUCUCUGUGGACAAGAGUGAUCCCAGCUUGGUGGUCGUAUUGGAGGACUGCUUCGCCUCUCACUCAUCAGAUCCUGACACUCCUGAGAGAUUCUCCCUCAUCCGCAGCAAAUGUCCCGCUAACCGCCAACAAGUGUUUGAGGUUGAGAGCGGCUCAUCCCUCCAGGCUCAUUUCUCCACCCUGCCCUUCGCUCUUGAGGGACAAAACCAAGAUGUUUACCUCCACUGCAGCCUCAGCCUGUGUGAGCGCAGGGGUUCCUCUUGCAGUCCCGUUUGUGAAGAUUUGGAUCCACCACUCCUCAGUCAGCUUAUUUGUGGCCCUGGCAAAAUACAAGUGGGUGUGAACGCAGCCAGCGCAAGACAUGCUGGUUAUGAACCACUGACUGGCCACCUGGCACUCCUCAACUGUCCCAUGACCAGAGAGCAAGAUGGUGUCGUGUGGUACGAAGCUGACACUCAGGAAGGUGCCUGUGGAAACACACUGACGACCAACAGCACACAUGUCAUCUACUCCAACACUUUAUUCAUCUAUCAAGCAAGGAGUGCCUUCUCUCUGCCCCUGAGACUUCCUUUGUCAUGCGUGUAUCCCCUGAAGACAGACGCCAGACUGAACGUGACCAUCAGACCCGCCUCCUUUUUCUCUGUACAAGCGCUUCAUCAAGACAGGGGACCCAUUCCGACCCGCUCAGCAGCAAAAAGACCCAGUGGUCAGCACCACAAUCUCCCCCCUGUUGAUCCGUCACACCAAUCUGGAGCUGUGAAGGUGGACCCACCACGCCGGAUGGAAGGUGUCUUUGUUGGCUCAGGUGCCAAGGUCAGAGCCUCCAUGGUCCUGUUCAAGAAACCGGACUAUACGGAGCCUUAUGCAGCAAGUCCGGUGGUCCUUCCAUUGGUCUCACAGUUACAUGUGGGGGUCUCUGUGGACAAGAGUGAUCCCAGCUUGGUGGUUGUUUUGGAGGACUGCUUCGCUUCUCCCUCACCAGAUCCUGACACUCCUGAGCGAGUGUCCCUCAUCCACAACAAAUGUCCCAUUAAGCGCCAGAAAGUGUUUGUGAUUGAGAGCGGCUCAUCCCUUCAGGCACGUUUCUCGGCCCAGGUCUACCCUCUUGAUCAGGAAUACCGAGAUGUUUACCUCCACUGCAGUCUCAGCCUGUGUGACCAGAGGAGUGCAUUCUGCAUCCCGUCCUGCCCGGGGAGAGCAAAACGCUCCGUCCCAAAGUCUCCUCCAAUGAAGCCACUAACCAUUGGACCAAUCACUUGGGAGAAACCAUCUGAGUGACAUCCAUGGCCAAGUCUUUUUUUGAUACUCUGACAUGUAUAAUCACUCCAAAUGUCAGAAAGUAUUCAUGACAAAACACAAUUUAUGGAGCUGUAAUUUCACUGACGCAUUUAAAAAAUAAUCUUUUUGGAAAGUUAUUGCCAAAUCAGCAUUUAUGGUCAUGGAACUUCAUUGAAGUGUUUUUUGAUAUUCUGAUGUGUUAUUGACAAAUCAGCAUUCGUGGUCGUAUAUUGUUGGUCUUUUUUUGAUAUUCUGACAUGUAUCAUCGAAAAGUCAGAAAAGUGUUGAGAACGGUUGUGUAAAUCACCAGCGAUGUAUUCAGUGGUUGACCGAGAUGCUGCGUGUAGUUUAGGGGUCUCCAACAGGUAGCUCCCCAGCUGAUGCUGAUUAGCUCGAAUAUUUGCUAGAACUCUUGAUUAUUUUCGAACUGUUGAAUUCAGACAUGAUGCAUACAUUGAAUGAGAAGUGUCCCACCCCCAAAUACCAUUUGAAUAAAUAGCUAUUAGAGUCCCUAAUAUAUUGAUGAGUGUAUAAAUAGAUGUACUAGCUGGAUGGAUUGUAUUGAUUUUGGUUGUAUUUUAUUUUUGAUUGUAUUUUCAUCAUUUUUGGUGGUAUUUUAUUGUCUUAGCCACCAGUCCUGGGAUAUAAGAGAUGGAAAGGAGAUGUAAUGAAUGUCUUUUUCGAGCAUUGUCCCUGUUCAAUCAACAAUAAACUUGUGAUUAUGAAAGCAA